AUCUAUCUAUCUAUCAGUUUAUAUUUUUCUGUCCUAUAUUGACAGAGCCGAUCCUAAGGUUGCCUGGGGCCUCGUGCAGAAUUGCAGUUCGGGCCCCACUCUCCUACAACCCACUGGGUCAGCUCCAGUAACAUGUCUUUGAAACUGUCCACACUUUGUUGUUUGAUACAAAUCAAUUUUUACAACACAUUUUAAUAACAUAUAAGCAAGACAUCAUUUGAAAAGAAUAAUUUGAACCAGAAAUUAUUAAACUAAACAGAAGUCUUUAACAUUUAUUAGACAGCAGUAACGACACCAGCACAAACCCAAGCAGGAAGAAUGAUAAAACGGUGAACUAUAGAGAGAUUAAUGUAUGACUAAUAACAUUACAGUUAAUAGAAAAAUAUGUUUCUCUCACAACUAAUAAAUUUUUCAAUUCGUAGAACCCAAUAUUUUUUUAUUUUAAACAUCUUAAGACUGUUGAAAAAAGAGCUGCUCAUCAAUUUUCAAAAUAAAAAGCUGCCGCAUUGUUAAUUAAAAUAACAAUGCAGCAUUGGACUAUAAAUUUUCUUUAUAGUCCAAUGCUCUUGGUCGACCCCUGCUGGCCUGGAGUGGUGCAUGCAAGUCAAAAAGCAGUUUAGUUUUCUUUGCCUGUCUGAAUAUUUUGUCUGAAGAUCUAUUUCCAUGUAUUCUUGUUUUGAUCUCUAUUGGUAGAUAUUUUUAUUAGAGUCAUCCAAAUUUCCUGACAUUAGACAAUCAGUAGAAAUGAUCACAUUGCUGUAAAUCCUGGAGAGGUGUGGAAGGUGGCUUCAUUUUAUAACAAAAAGGUAUGAAGUGUAAAAGAAACAGUUAAAUAAAGGACCAAAACUACAAAAUUAGAAAAUGACCAAGAGAGGAAACGACCAGUUCGUUUAUUCGCUCCCUAGUUUAAAAUAGAAGCAAAAUAAAAUAUUUUUUCAGGAAAUAAUAAACAGUUUAAUGCAAGAAUACGUGUGAGGCGUUCUUUUUAUAAUUCAGAGAUCCUGCUAAAAAAAAAAAAAAAAAGUAAAAUGAUUUUGAGAUGAAAUGUCCUGUUUGUUUGCAGGAAAACGAAGGGGGAGAGGCGGAAAUGGAUACCAAAUGGUUACGAAUUAGAUAUUAACGUGGUGCCUACAGGAAAUUACUCUAGUUGGUUGCCAAGAUGAACACGAGUUCACACAUUCUUGCUAGAAACGACUAAAUUUCGUAACCGAAAAGUCAGAUUCUUCACGACCCAAGACAUAAAGACACAGAGUGGUUAAGGGGUGAAAUGACCCCAAAAGAAAACAAAUAGUUAAAGUUUUCAUAUACACUUAAGGUUGUCUGCCACAAUGUUGAGCCGUCUGUUCAGCGAGGUGCUGCCGGACGUCCAGCGGUUGGCGGCGGACUGGGUGCAGGACAGCGACAGCGACGGAUGCAAGGUGAAGGAGGAACGCGAGGGGUGCCACCUCGGAGAGGACGAUUUGGACGAGCCGCCGGAGGGCAGCAGCCGGGCAGAGUCCGAGAUGGCCGAGGACGACGACGAUGAGGACGACGAUGGCGAGGAAGAAGAGUGCGGGGACGAAAACGGCGGGGAUAAACCCAAGAAGCGCGGCCCGAAGAAGCGCAAGAUGACGGCGGCGCGCGUGGAGCGCUCCAAGCUGCGGCGCGUGAAGGCCAACGCGCGGGAGCGCACGCGCAUGCACGAUCUGAACUCGGCGCUGGACAACUUGCGCAAAGUGGUUCCGUGCUACUCCAAAACCCAGAAACUCUCCAAAAUAGAGACUUUGAGGUUGGCCAAGAAUUAUAUUCUAGCCCUCGGGGAGAUUUUACGCAACGGGAAACGUCCAGAUGUGGUGGCCUACGUGCAGAUGUUGUGCAAGGGCCUGUCCCAGCCUACUACCAACCUGGUGGCGGGCUGCCUGCAGCUCAACACCAGGAACUUCCUGACCGAGCAGUGCGCGGACGGAGCCCGCUUCCACAUGCCCAGUUCUCCGUUCUCAGUCCACCCCUACCCCUACCGCUGCUCCCGCCUCUCUAGCCCUCACUACCAGCCCGGAGCCGGAGCUCUCAAUAUGCGGGGCCCUUCCUACAGCGGCUCCGGGUAUGAGGCCGUGUACAUGCCGGGCGGGACGUCCCCAGACUACAACAGCCCGGAGUAUGAGGGCCAGCACAGCCCGCCGGUGUGCCUGAACGGCGGCCUGUCCGGGAAGCAGCAGGAGUCCUCAGACACAGACAGGAGCUAUCAUUACUCUAUGCAUUACUCCGGACUGACCACAUCCCGGCCCAAUCACGGCCUACAUUUUGGACCAUCGGGGGCGCGCAGCGGAGGCGCGCAUUCAGAAAACAUCCCACCUUUCCACGACGUCCACCUGCACCACGACAGGGCGCCGCCAUAUGAAGACCUGAACGCUUUUUUCCACAACUGAGCAGCUCAGAAAAGGAGGGGAGCAAACUACAGGCUCACCGACUCCACAGAGACAAUCCUAAAGAAAGCGUUUAAUAUUACAAAAAAAAAAAAAAAACAGCAGUCGGAGCUCCUACAUGAUUACCUUCUGUGUGUCACCUCUUACUGUUGUACAUCCUAUCAUAAAAUGUGUCCAGUAAAUUAUUCCUGUAUGCAGAAUGAGUGCAAUUUAAAAUGUGAAAGUCAAGAAGAGACAUGUUGUGACAAAAACAACAGAAAUAAUAAAAGAAAAGGUGUUUUAUAAUUGUCUGAGUGGAGCGAUCUCAUUUUGCUGUGAACAAUAAUAAAUACAUACAUAAAUAAA